AUGGCUAACAUCAGUGAUACAUUUGGAGAUUUCCCGGUUCAUGGCGUUGUAGAAGACAGGGAGGUUUUCCAUCUUUUUGGUGUUGCUGUCAAACGUAAUGUUGAAGGGGUUGAGACAGCUGAGGAUACUUUUGUGAAUGGCAAACUUUCAGUUAUUGAGAAGGCUAUGGGCAUAGUUAUUGAAUGGGUCCCAGUAGAAGAAGAUGACUGGGAACUUACGAACAAUGAAGACCUUGAAAGCGUGAAUCCUCAGAACUCUGCUGACAAUUCUUUAUCGUAUCCUGAUGCGAAGAAACUAAAAUUUUCGGUAGACAUAAAAGAUUUGGGGUCAUUCCAGUGCGUUGAACCAAAAGAAGGAAAAGGAUGUGCAUGGAUUCGAUUUAUAAGCAAAGAUGGAUCCAGUGUUCCUGUUAUCUUUUUCCGCCAAGGAGGGUUAUCAUCAUUCACUCAAUGUUUACAAAACUAUGCUACUUUGAAACGUUCUGCUCGAGAAGCAAACUUAAUACUUUUUACUGAUGAAAGAGUUGAAGCUUUGGAACAGUCAGUCUCAAUUUUAAAUAUCAACAGCGAUUUCUUAUCGAGGAUGAUGAGUAACCCAUAUGCGACAGCAAUGACGAGUUUAGGAAGGGUUGCAUCGUUUUUUCAAGAGCAGGUCAUUCAGUCACUGUUGGAGACUGAUGGAGUUGGUGCUGACGAACAAAUAAAGCUCAUGCAAGAGCUUCGUAAACGGGCUGAAGAGGAACCUUCUGUGGGAACUUUUAAACUUCCUGUUGAAGAUGAUGCUGGUUUUGAAUUAGUAACGCAAGUUGUCUUACCGCCUCGAAAAAAGGUUGAAAGAGGAGUUCCGGUAACAGAGGAAGUUUGGGAUAGUUUUAAGAAACCGGAUGGAUCUUUUGAAGAUGUGGGUCGGUUAAAAGAUUUGAUUUUUCGAGGGGGUUUGGUGCAGAGUUUGAGACCUGAGGCGUGGAAAUAUCUUUUAGAAGUUUUUGACUGGUCGAAACCGUUAAUUGAAAAUGAAGCGGCCCAAGUUUCUGCUGAGAAGGAUUACUAUAGAAUGAAAUCGCAGUGGACAACCAUAUCCGCAGAUCAAGAGAAACGGUUUACUGAAUUCGCUGCUCAUAAGGCAUUAAUUGAAAAAGAUGUUGCGCGGACUGACCGAACUCAUGCUUCCUUCAGUGGAAAUGAUAAUAAUAAUGUGGCAAUGCUGAACGAUAUCUUAAUGACGUACUGCAUGUAUAAUUUUGACCUAGGUUACGUCCAAGCGAUGAAUGAUUUUCUUUCUCCCCUCCUUGUUGUUUUUCAGAAGGAAGUUGAUACUUUUUGGGCAUUUGUGAAGCUUAUGGAGAGGGUGUGUGGAAAUUUUGAAUUAGAUCAGUCUACAAUGAAACGCCAAUUUAUGGACCUUCGUAAUCUCCUGAUGGUUGUCAAUCCAAAGUUUACCAAUUAUCUGGAAAGUCAUGGGUCGGAUCACAUGUAUUUUUGUUUCCGGUGGAUACUUGUUGCAUUCAAAAGGGAAUUCAGUUUUGAAGAUACCAUGAGGCUUUGGGAGGUCUUAUGGACAGACAGGCCGUGUAAAAAUUUCCUUUUAUUGAUUUGUGUUGCUGUAUUAGAUAAACAGAUGAAUACUGUAAUUGAAAAUAAGUUCGGUUUGACCGAAAUUCUUAAGCACAUUAACGAACUGUCAAUGAGAAUAGAUGUCGAGGAAACCUUAAGCACUGCAGAAGCGAUAUUUCAUCAACUGGCUGAAAGUCAAGACAAAUUGCCUUCACAUAUCUGCAGUAUCCUUGGCUUGGAAGAUGAUUCUUAG